GAGAUGAGCGAGCGAGUGCGCGCGCGGACGCAUGCCAUGCAGGCAGGGCUCGCUGCUCGGGCUCCUCCCUCUCUCCGCCUUGUCACAAUAACAAGUCGCGCGGCGAGCACGCGGCACUCGCGGCUCCUCGGUGCCACACGGAUGUAGCGGCGCGCGCGGCUCCUCUCCCUCGCGCACAGCCCCGCUUCUCCUCCUCCAGGCUCCAGUGCGCCCGCUCGCUCGCUCGGACGGACGGACGGGUCGGCCGGCCGGGAGGGCGACACCGACAGAACUCCGGGAAUUCUGCUCGUGCUCCCCUCUUCCUGCGGAAACACUUUUGAACGCUGGCUCCGACACUUUAAACGCACUUUUUUUCUUUUUUUUUUUUUUUUGUUCUCUCUCGGCGGGUUACGAUGGCCGCUCCGGCUGCGCUGGUCUCUCCGGCUCCUUUGGUUCUUCCUCCCUCCAUGUCAACUUCUCCGGCCACGAGCGGGCUGCUGCUGCCGCCGCCGCCGCCGGCCACCUCUUCCUCCUCCUCCUCCUCCCCGUGCCCGUCCGCCGCCCCCUCGGGACACGCUCUCUUCCGAGCCGCGGAGGUGCUGGGCUGCAGCAGCGGCAGCCCGGGCGCUCCCCCCGCGGGCGGCAAGCCCGUGUACUCGACCCCGUCGCCGGUGGAGAGCACCCCGCAGAACAACGAGUGUAAGAUGGUGGAGGUGAGGGGCGCCAAGGUGGCCUCGUUCACCGUGGACGGACAGGAGCUCAUCUGCCUGCCGCAGGCCUUCGAGCUCUUUCUCAAGCACCUGGUGGGCGGCCUGCACACCGUCUACACGAAGCUGAAGCGCCUCGAGAUCACGCCCGUGGUGUGCAACGUGGAGCAGGUGCGCGUGCUGCGCGGGCUCGGCGCCAUCCAGCCGGGGGUGAACCGCUGCAAGCUCAUCUCCAGGAGGGACUUCGACACGCUCUACAGCGACUGCACCAACGCCAGUUCAAGACCUGGGAGACCCCCAAAGAGAACACAAAGUGUCACAUCCCAAGAGAACCCACACAUUAUGCCACACUCUGUACCUGGCAUCAUGUCUCCAGGUAUUAUCCCACCUACAGGUCUCACUGCUGCUGCAGCUGCAGCCGCUGCCAAUGCUGCCAUUGCUGAGGCCAUGAAGGUCAAGAAGAUCAAGCUGGAGGCCAUGAGCAGCUACCACAGCAGUAACACCCAACAUGGGGCUGACUCUGAAAACGGGGACCCCAAUUCCACCGUCGGUUUAGACCUUCCAUUCAUGAUGAUGCCUCACCCCCUUAUUCCUGUGAGCCUGCCUCCUGCAUCUGUUACCAUGGCAAUGACUCAGAUGAACCACCUCAGCACCAUUGCUAAUAUGGCUGCGGCCGCUCAGGUUCAGAGUGCCCCGUCGCGAAUGGUGACCUCGGUAAUAAAGGAGCGCGUUCCAGACAGUCCAUCUCCAGCACCCUCCGUGGAAGACGGAAGGAGACCGGGAAGUCGUCCAUCUUCUCACCGGAGCAGCAGUGUGUCCAGCUCUCCGGCUCACACAGAAAGCUCUUCAGACAGAGCCCCUGUCCACCAAAAUGGGCUCACCAUGAACCAGGCUCUUCUCAGACUGUCGCCAAGUGUUCUUCCAACACCAAAGGAGGGGGAUCUGGCUUCACAUGAUAUUGGACAUGACACAAAAAGAACUCAAACAGAAAAAGAUGAGGCUCUUCUGUGCAAUCCGGCAAUGAAGGACGGCUACGACAGGCUGUUACUGGCUGGCCAGACUCUCCCUCCUGGGUUCCCCUCACCUUUCAUCUUUCCUGAUGGUCUGUCGUCCAUAGAAACGCUGCUGACAAAUAUACAGGGCUUGCUGAAAGUUGCGAUUGACAGCGCUCGGGCGCAGGAGAAGCAGGUUCAGCUGGAGAAGACGGAGCUGAAGAUGGAGCUGUUUCGGGAGCGGGAGCUCAGAGAAGCACUGGAGAAGCAGCUUGUGGUGGAGCAGAAAAACAAAGCGAUAAUUCAGAAGCGCUUGAAGAAGGAGAAGAAGACUAAGAGGAAACUGCAGGAAGCUCUGGAAUACGAAUCAAAGCGGCGAGAUCAGGCCGAGCAGACCCUGAAGCAGGCGUCGUCCACGGAAAGUCUGAGAAUUCUGAACGACUCAUUGACCCAAGAAGCAGAGAGUGACCGCAGCAGUGGCAGAACAGAUGCUGAAAGGACAAUACAAGGUAGACGUUUUGAGGAGACUGUGAAUCUGCUUUCUGCCGCCGUACCUCAGCUUUAGUUUAUAUCAGCCUGCUGUUGAAGCAUGUACCUUACCAUCUGGGGCACAGUAGCCCAACUCAAGAUGAAGGUCACUUUAACUGCUUUGACACUGAGGUUAGUGGUUUGGACACUCUAUCCUAGCGGUAAUUUCGUCGCGUAGGCCUGAAAAGAUUGUGGAAUCGCUACGGUUUUGGGCGGAAAAUGCAGAUUUGUAAAGAUCAGAUGAGCCACUUCUUCUACUUGUUUCACCAGCCAUGCUAAUAAGCUGUGAAGCAGGUCAGUUUUUGGACUCAUUAUUCUAAAUAUAAACUUCUGAGGGUAUUAUGUCAGCAGGACUGUGCGUAUGCCUGUUUGCUCGCGACCACUUUUGUCGGUAUUGCAUGACGCCUUGGACUGUACUGCGAUCCUAAGUGCGUAAUAAUUACGCUCAGAUGGUGAAGGGAACAAAAUAUUGUCAAUAAGUUGCACAUGCUCCUCACAAACAAACAACACUGCUGCUAAUAAGCAAGAAGAAGUAUAAAACAUUUGGUGAGCUUCUUCGGGGAAAAACAUAUUAAUGAGCGAAUCGUUUUGGAGAACUAAUUAUUUCUAUUCGUCUUAUGUCACACGGUCUAAUUCUGCUGCAUUAGCAACAAGCUUGUUUAUUAAUAGAUUUCCCGGUGUUUUGGAUCUUUCCCAAGAACGAGCUCGCAAUGUGUUUCCAGGCACCAGGCCUUUGGGAUUGCAUUGUGCCACUAAUUCCUGGUGACGCUGCUCACAAACACCUCUCUGGAAGCUUCUUCCCUUUCUACAUUCCAGGGGCUUGCUACUCGAUGUCCUCUGCCGGUUUACACGACUCUGUUAGGAUAGAUAAAGUUCUUUGUUGCAAGAUUAAACAUAAAAACAGUUAAAGUGAAAUUAAAAAUUAAAUGAACGAACCUCAGUGAAGCAAAAAAGGCUGUAAUUAAUGGCUCCCUUAAUUGUCUUCAUGAAAUAUUUGC